AUGCCAAAAGUAGUAGAUAACUAUGUUUUAGAGAGAAGUAUAGGAAAAGGACAAUUCGGAGAAGUGUUCAAAGGGUACAAUAAACAAACAAAUGUUGACAUAGCAGUGAAAUGUGUUAAGAGGUGUUGAGUAUAUUGAUAUUUAGGGAACUGUUGAAAGGGAAAUUUACAGAGUUAUUAGAAAAUGAAAUUAAAGUAUUAAGGACUUGCAAUAAUGAUAAUAUCAUAAAAUUAUAUGAUAUAAAGAAGACAGCCAACAAUAUAUAUCUGAUAAUGGAGUACUGCAAUGAAGGUGAUCUAUCAUGUAAUUAUAAUUUAAUCGUAGAGUACUUAAAACAAAAAAAGUUUUUACUUGAAGAAGAAGCAGUUGAUUAUUUACUUUAGAUAUUGAAUGGUUUUAAAACACUUGUAAAGAAUAAGAUAAUGCACAGGGACUUUAAAUUGGCAAAUAUUCUCAAACAUGAUGGCAAUAUUAAGAUUGCUGAUUUUGGAUUUUCCAAAUUGUUGAAUGACCAUCAAGCAUUAGCAAACACAAUGUUAGGAUCUCCUCUUAAUAUGGCUCCAGAAGUGUUAAAUAAUUAAGAGUAUGACAAUAAAGCAGAUAUAUGGUCUAUUGGUACUUGUUUCUAUGAAUUAUUAUUUGGAAAGUCACCAUUUACUGCUACUAACAUGGUAGAGUUGCUCAAGAACAUUAAAACUAAAUAGUUUGUUAUCAAUAGGAAAGUUAAUAAUAUAUCUCCUACAGCUGAGGAUUUAUUAAAGAAAAUGCUCGUGGUUAAUCCCAAAGAUAGGAUAUCUUGGCAAGAUCUCUUUAAUCACGAGAUAAAUUUCUAUCAAGAGGAGAAGUUGAAGUAGGAUUUAGAGACUACUCUUAAGGGUGGGGAAGUAAUGAUGAAUAUGAAUAAAUUCUAUAUCAAAAAUAACAUGGUUAUUGAUCAUCCAGCUGAAAUAAAGAAGAAAGAGGAAUUAAAUAAUCUUGCCAUUUAAAUAGCCUAAAACGGUCCAUAGAAUCAAUAAUAAUAAUAUGAUGGGCCAUUAUUGAAGAAACCCCAAGAAGAAAAUAAAUUAAUAAGAUAAGAUUCAGUAAAAGUUUAGGGCAAUUAAGGAUCUAGUUAAGAUAUUGGUAAUGAUGAAGUGACUGAUAAGGAAACACAAAGAGAAAAAGAAAUUAAAGCUAAAAAAAGAAAUGCUAAUAGGAUUUUGCAUGAAAGAAAUAUUUAUGUCUUUCUAGCAUCUGUUGCUGAAGAAGCAAUGAACAAUUAGACUAUUCAAAAUUAUGAUGUCACUGGCUUCUUUUUAGUCAAAAAGUUGCUGUAAUAAAUUGAUUUCCUAAAGACUAUUAUUCUAGAAAAUAAAUAAAAUGUCUAUGGAUUGGAGUAUUGAAUUAAUAUCAUUUAUAUUCUAGGUUUUGGGAGUAAUUUACUUAGAGUAAGGAUUAUAAGGAUAUUCACACAUACAUUUCCAAAGAAUUUGAUGUUUUCAAAUCCUACUUUGAUUCAAUCUAUGAGAAACUUAGUGAAUAAAUUCAAUAUAGUACAAAAGUGGAUGAUGCAAUCAAAUAGUCUAUUAAUAGCAACAUUAAAUACAAUAAUCAAGAGAUUUUAAACAAAUGCUUGUUUGAUUAUUCAAAGUUAUUGAUUGAUUCUCUAAAAAAGAGUUAGAUUUAAGAUCAAGUAAUUGUGUUAACUUAUUUAAGCAUCGAUAACAGUGGGUUCAUGCUGAUCGAGUGUUGGAUUGCAUUCGAUUAGAAGAGACAUUCUAAUUUGUUGAUAAAAAUACAAACUAGCAAUUUAAUUUUAAAUAAUAUUAUGAAAAUGACAAUUUAUUGGAAAUAGAAGCGCUGGCUAAAAAAGUGUUAUAAAAGUUUGACAAACUAAAAUGA